AUGAUCACACUCUUUAUUGCUCUUUGCCUCUUAACAUCAGUGAAACCUUCUAACAUCAAGGAGAUUCAAGAUAAAAAAAUAAAGAUUGGAGAAGAUGUUACUAUAAAAUGCGACGUGUCCAGUGACAAAGAUAACCUUUUUUGGUUCAAAAAGAGUUUUGGAAAGGUUCCUCAGUUGUUAGGGAGAACAGUGGGGAAAGAUUUCAGACCUAAUGAUAAACGCUUCAGUGUUAGUGAUGUAAAAUUGUUUAAUCUCGACAUUAAAAAUGUGACAGAAGAGGAUACAGGAACAUACUUCUGUGUAGAAAUGCUGAACACUUCACCAGACUUUACAUCUGGAACCCUUUUGGUUGUUGAAGAUGAGGAGAGGAAACGAUCUCCUCCAGCUGUAACGGUGUUGGAGAACGGAGAGUCGCUCACACUCCAGUGUUCAGUACAAGCCAUUACUUCAAGCUGUGAAGAACCGAGCGUGUACUGGUUCAGACACGGCUCAGGAGAAUCUGAUACAGGAAUCAUUUACACUCAUGGAAACACUAGUGAUGAGUGUAAGAAGAGCUCUGAGGCUGGUUCUCCUCCACAGAGCUGUGUCUACACUCUCCCCAAGAGGAAGCUCACAACCUCUGGUAAAGAAAUGCUCUACUGUGCUGUGGCUGAGUGUGGACAAAUCCUCUUCAGGAAUGGAAUUAUACCUCCAGAGAAAAGUUGUUGUUUCCAGAAUCAGGUGAUGAUCUAUCUUUCCAUGUUUAGAGUUGGAGUUCUUGCCUUUCUGGUUAUUAUCUUUACAAUCAUUUUUUGUUGUAAAAAGAAAUAAAAAGAAUUGUUAGUUUCACUUUUGCUGUAAUUUACCAUGCAUUAUUAUAUAUUGUCUUUCUUGUUUUCUUGUGAUCUCGACAUAAUAAAACUCAGUUUUCGUAAUUGUAUAGCGAGAAAAAUCACAAUAAUAAAGUUGCAGACAUCACAGCCUACUUCUUAAGUGUCAGACACUUAUGUGGAAGUUGUCAAUCACUGACAGACAGAGAGCUGUUUCAGUUUGAGUCCCUGAUCAGAGCAAACACAUUGAUCCAUGAUACUGCAUUACUGAGCUUUUGCUAACUCUAGAAAGUUUUUUUUUGCAAAAAUCACGAAAAAAUUAAGUCACGAUCACGAUAAAACAAGAAAGAAAAAAAAUUAAUAAUGCAUGGUCUCUUAGAACUUUUGUAGUAAUUGCUUUGUUUUUCUACCUAGAUUUAAAAAUUUUAUUCAGUUAAUUUUAUUCAGUUAAUUAAUAUUUAUAAUGAAUAUAAAAUCAAAAGUCCUCUUUAUUUCUAAGAUCUUAAUAUUCCAUCUUGGUCUGUGAUUUCAUUGACAUUUUGCUUGUAGUUUUGUAUUUUGGCUUUAAUAUAUUUUUAAAAGAAAAAAGUCUCAGAUGUUUCACUGUCAUGUAGAGCUGCAAUGAAUGUACUGAAUAAAUACUAACUCAACAGUA